CACAUGAGUCUCGUGCCCCCAAAAAAUGAUUGAAAUUAGAAAAUCAAUUAAGAAUACCCGUAAAUUACCAAACACGCGCUGCCACCGACCGAUCGAGCCACCGACCCCCAGAAGUUCCACCAAAAUUCCCCGUCGACCACAGCAGCGGAGGGGCUCCAGAUCUCGCCGGCGCGGGCACCGGCGGACGAGAUGUCGCUCAACAUGAAGACGCUGCAGCAGGCGCUGGCCAAGGCGUCGGCGGUGAUCGAGAAGACGGUGACCACCACGGUGCAGGAGGUCACGGGCCCGCGGCCGCUGCAGGACUACGAGCUGCUCGACCAGGCGGGCUCGGGCGGCCCGGGGCUCGCGUGGCGGAUCUACACGGCGCGGCCGCGGGACGCGGCGGCAUCCACGCCGUACCCCGUCGUCUCCGUUUGGGUGCUCGACAAGCGCGCGCUCUCCGAGGCGCGGGCGCGGGCCGGGCUCUCCAGGGCGGCGGAGGACGCGUUCCUCGACCUCGCACGCGCUGACGCCGCGCGCCUCGUGCGGCUGCGUCAUCCGGGUGUGCUCCACGUCGUGCAGGCGCUGGACGAGACCAAGGCCGCCAUGGCCAUGGUCACUGAGCCGCUCUUCGCCUCCGUCUCCAACGCGCUCGGGUGCCUCGACAACGUGGGCAAGGUGCCCAAGGAGCUCAAGGGCAUGGAAAUGGGGAUACUGGAGAUUAAACAUGGAUUGCUACAAGUUGCAGAGACGUUGGAUUUUCUCCAUAACAAUGCCCAUCUUGCACAUCGAGCUAUAUCACCUGAGACGGUCUUUAUAACUUCAAGUGGAUCUUGGAAGCUUGGAGGUUUUGGUUUUGCUCUUUCUGUUGACCAAGCCACAGGUGGUUUGGCAUCAUCGCAGCAAUUCCAUUAUUCGGACUACGAUGUCGAAGACACAGCUUUACCUCUUCAACCAUCUCUGAACUAUACUGCACCAGAAUUGGUUCGCAGUGGUGAUUCUAAAGUAGGCUCUACCUGUGACAUAUUCAGUUUUGGAUGCCUGGCUUACCACUUAGUUGCUCAUAGACCACUUCUGGAUUGCCAUAACAAUGUGAAAAUGUAUAUGAAUUCAUUGACAUAUUUAACAAGUGAAGCCUUUUCUAGUAUUCCUACUGAUCUGGUGGCUGAUUUGCGAAAUAUGCUAUCAGUUGAUGCAGCAUCACGCCCUAGUGCGAUGGCUUUCACAGGCUCUUCUUUCUUCCGGCAUGAUACAAGGUUGCGAGCUCUUCGUUUCCUUGACCAUUUGCUUGAGAGAGAUAAUAUGCAGAAGACAGAAUUUCUGAAAGCAUUAUCGGAUAUGUGGAAAGACUUUGAUUCCCGAGUUCUUCGAUAUAAAGUUCUUCCACCUCUUUGUGCCGAGCUACGCAACAUGGUCAUGCAGCAAAUGAUUUUGCCCAUGGUUCUGACAAUAGCAGAAUCACAGGAUAAAGAUGACUUUGAGCUGUCAACAUUGCCUGCUCUUGUUCCAGUAUUUACUUCAGCAUCAGGUGAAACUCUUCUUUUGCUUGUGAAGCGUGCCGAUCUCAUUAUUAGCAAGGCCACAAACGAACAUUUGAUAUCACAUAUCCUUCCUAUGCUGGUACGGGCUUAUGAUGAUACUGAUCCCCGUCUGCAGGAAGAAGUUUUGCGACGAACAGUAACACUGUCUCGACAACUUGACAUGAAGCUACUGAAACAGUCUGUGCUGCCACGCGUGCAUGGAUUAGCUUUGAAAACUACAGUUGCUGCGGUGCGAGUAAAUGCUUUGCGCUGUUUAGGAGAUCUUGUUCCAUCGUUGGAUAAAACAGGUAUAGUAGAGAUCUUGCAGACUCUUCGGCGUUGCACAGCUGUUGACCAUUCUGCCCCAACCCUUAUGUGCACCCUUGGAGUUGCUAAUGCGAUUUAUAAACAGUGUGGUGUUGAGUUUGCUGCGGAGCAUGUGGUUCCUCUAGUCUUCCCAUUGCUCACGGCACAACAACUGAAUGUACAGCAAUUUGCCAAGUAUAUCCUAUUUGUCAAGGAUAUCACAAGCAAGAUUGAAGAGAAGCGUGGUGUGACAGUUACGGAUAAUGGGCAUACAGAGGUAAAAGUAUCGCCUUCAAUCUCAAAUGGGAUUCAUUCUAAGCCAACUUCAGGAGGCCUGGGACAAACUGGACAAAUGCCAGCUGCAAAGAGCACUUCUUGGGAUGAAGACUGGGGCCCUACUAAGAAAACCAGUGCCCCGCCACUCUCUUUUGAUUCUAGUGCUCAAACAAAGCAACCCUCAAAAGACCCUUUUGAUUUCAGUACCCAAACAAACCAACCCUCAACACUUCCCUUCGAUCUUAGUACUCAAACGAAGCAGCCAUUGACAGUCACUCAGGUUGCAGCGUCUACAAUCCCGUCUGCACAACCACUUCCAUCUCUGCAAUCUCUUGCACCUAGUUCAGGACAUCAAACUUCCGGUUCAUGUGUUCCUGUUGACAUUGAGUGGCCUCCUAGAAUGAGCACAUCAUCUGACUUUAAUGCACCAUUCUCAGCUAACAAGGAUAGUAAAUCUGGAGGGCUGUCUAACGAUGGGGUUGAUGAUGUUGAUCCUUUUGCCGACUGGCCCCCCAAACCAAGCAGUGCAGCCAGCAUUUCAGCAGUGGAGCGCCUGCCAAGCACAAAUCAAAGUAUUUCUGGGUUGAAUACAGGGAACAUGGGGUUUGGUGGUGGCAGUACUUCGCUUGGACAAAUGAAAACAAACCAGGUGAGCUGGUCAGCGAAACCAAACAAUACAAAUAUAAUGGGCAUGAAUUCAACUGCCAGCUAUUUGAACCAAGGCAACUCAUCUCUGGGAUAUGGAAAUCCAAUUGGAGGACCAAGCUCAGGUCUCUCCAAUGCAGCUAGUUCCAUUGCAGGCCAGAGCAUCAGGCAACCAAAAUCUGAUUUUGGUUCACUAUCACAGUUAUCCAGUGGCACACAGGGCCCACCCAGGCUUGCCCCUCCUCCAUCUGCUGCUGUUGGAAGAGGGCGUGGUAGAAAUCAAGGGCAGUCAGCCCUCUCCCGAGCAUCACGGACUCCCAAUUCCAAUGUUUCAUCAGAGCAGCCACCUUUUCUUGAUUUACUGUAGCAAAUACAGGGGAGUCCAUGUUCUUCGUUCUGCAGACGGCACUGGAUAGCUCACAUCGUUCAAGCCUUGUAUAUGAUGAGCAUUACACUUUCCUGAAACAUGGUUGCAGGCGAUAGUGCAUUUUCUUGUCAGUGGAAACUGGGUUGCCUUUGUUGUUAGCCCCAAGGAAGCUGCUUCAGGAAAGAGCCUUCCUGAGGUUAGAGAAUGUAUUCUUGCUUGGAGUUUUCUCGAUUUCAGCAUCUUUGGGGUGGUGAGGCAGCAUUAAUUUUAUUUGUGUAUAUCUUUGUCCAGGCUCUGCUGUAAUGUCUAGAGUUCACAAAUGGUUGUGGUGAUGUGAAAUUUUGAAUGUUGAGAAUGUACCACCAGAAUCUGAUGGGCCUCGUGAAAGUGGAAACCCUACACGAAUGUAUUCAUUUAUGCCGGGUAGGGCCCAUGUCGUGUAAUUGCCAAAUUUGGGCCCAUCUGUACCUCUGCCUGGAAAAUGUGUGUGGAGACACUUGUUAAAUGCUCCACUAGUUUCUUGUAUUGUGAUUAUUACUGUCGAAGUAAAUAUGCUUAUUUUCGCA